UCUCAAUAACAUAUGCUGUUUUUCCUUUAAGGGCUGAAUCGUCAUCAAAACUUUAUACAGCUUAUAAAAAGGAGAAUAGCGGUUUAUCAGAAUUUGGAAAGGCUGUGGUGGAUGAGAUGAACAGACUAGGAAUGAUGGUUGACCUCUCACACUCCUCCUGGGCCACUGCAUGGGCAGUGCUGAACGUCUCCAAGGCUCCCGUCAUCUUCAGCCACUCCUCGGCCUACACCUUGUGCAACCACGACCGCAACGUUCCAGACAAUCUGCUACACGCGCUGAAAAGGAAUAAGGGGCUUAUUAUGGUCACUUUGUACAACGAGUUUGUAGGCUGUGGUCGCGAAGCAAACAUCUCAGUUGUUGCUGACCAUUUUGACCAUAUUAAGAGUCAGGUUGGGGCUGAAACCAUUGGGAUCGGAGGGGACUUUGAUGGAGCCUCUUACUUCCCAGAGGGCUUAGAGGAUGUGUCCAAAUAUCCAGCCCUGAUCCAGGAGCUUCUGCAGAGGAACUGGACAGAGGCAGAGUUGGCAGGAGUGCUCAGACUCAACUUCAUCCGGGUGUUUGAGGACGUAGAGCGAGUCCGAGACGUGUUGGAAGGCACCUCUCCCAGCGAGGCAGAGAUCCCAUUAAAGGAGGUUGAAAACCCGUGCCGUCUGGUACUGAGGCCUCCCAAGCCAAACCAGAACUCCGUCAGGGCGUUCAUGCUCAAGAACAAGAGCAUUUUCCUGUCUGAUGGAGCUGUCAUGUGGAUGACACUCCUGUUCUGUCUGCUACUUCAGUAGAGGUGUUAUACUGAUAGCUAGCAGGUCAGAUGUAGCACUUAUUUGCAUAUAGCCUCCGUCUGAUGGACUUUGUUUACUCUAAUCAUUUCCAAUUUGCAAGAUAUCUUAUGUGGCUGUGUAUAGCAGAACAGCGAGGAUAUAGACUGUAUCAGGAUCUGAGUAAAGUGACUGAAAAAAGUGUAGCCAAAAAUAGAAAAUAUUAACAAGGAAACGGUUGUCAUCCGAAUACCAGACACCAACUUUGAAACUUACAUCAUUAUUCAUUCAUAUUUUACACUGAGUUUUUGACUUAACAUCAACAAUAUAACAGUAUAAUACUGUGUUUAGUUUCUAUACAUUGUAAGAUAGCAGUUUAUGCACAUAUGCUAUCUGGUUUUUUUCUAUUCUGUUCUAUCCAUUUUGCUCGAAUAAACAAACAAAACAAAAAAGGAAAAAAAACAAAGGCAAUGUUGUUUCAUCACAUGCCCAAAAUGUUUCAAAUUAAUCACAACAUAAAAUAAUUAGCACAGGGCUUGUUAUGGAAAAUCUUUUAGUUAUUUGUAAUUUUGACAGGAAAGAUAAAAUCAUUCACUGUAAUGAUGGAUCACAUCUUUUUUUGGUGCGCUAAUCAAGCGGAAUACUAACCAGAAUGUACUCUUUGGAAAAGUCAGAAUACAGAAAAGUUCUGUAAAAAAAUCACCUGUUGUUUUGCAUCUGUUUUUCUUAUUACUGAAUUGUUUUCAUGUCCUGGGAGAUUUCCAUUUUAUCAUUCAAGUAUUUGAUAUAAUGCAAGAUUAUUUUACAUUGUGAAAUAAAAUAAGUGCAUUAGUCAG